AUGGACAAUCGAACCAUUCAAGAAUUUGCAGUAGUGGCUAGAAAGAUAUGGUGGAGAAGAAACAAACUCCUCUUUGAAGGCUCCUUUGCACACCGGAAUGCUGUAGUGAGGGAAGCGAGAGGGAUAUUGGAUCUGCAAAUUGAGGAGGAAUCAAGACUGGUUCGAGGGCAGACUAAUACACUAGAGGAGGAUUGGCAGGCUCCUCCAUCAAACUGGAUCAAGCUAAAUUGGGAUAGUGUAGUAGAUAAAGCAAAUGGAGUAAUUGGAGUGAGAGUAGCAGUUAGGGACAGCUUUGGUUAUACCAUUGCUACCAAGAAAACUAAUAAACUCCUCUUUCCCGAUCCACUACUAGCAGAGGCUUUUGGAGCUCUUAAAGCUGUUCAGUUUGGUGUGGAGCUUGGUCUAUCCCAAGUUAUUGUUGAAGGGGAUUCAUUGCAAGUUAUUAAUGCGAUGAGAAGUGAUAAAGAAGGUUGUAAUAGUGUAAGAGCAUUGGUAUUGGAUUAG